AUUAUAUUCAGUCUCUAUUUUCCAGAGGUGACGGCCCAGGUGAAUCUGGGUCAGUUUUCUCUACAUCCAAGGCAGAAUGGCGGAUGGAAUAUGGGUAUGAGUCAAGGUGCGAAUAUAUUUGGCUUUGGAGGACAUCGUGCACUCGGCAUAGCUGGCAACGAUGGAGGGAUCGGAUUGAGUGGAACGGAUAAUGCAAUAGUAGCCAACGAGCGAGUUGGUGUCGACUCCGGUCUGAGUGCUGGAAGGAAUGGUCUCGAUUUGGGCAGCCUAUUGCAGUUCGGAAAUAACCCUAAUCCAGUGCAUCCUGGUGGUCAACUUGGCAGCUUCCUUGAUAAUAUCAGAAACUUCUUCGCUUCGUUAGUUCCAUCGCCACUACCUGUGCCACCUCCACAGCCGCCAGCACUGCCUCCGCUUGGGGGAGGAGUAGGCCCAGGUAAUACGAUCUACUCAGCAUCAUAUAAGAUAGUUUUUUUAAAUCCCAUUAUCACACAUUGUGUAAGAAAUCAGUGUUGCCAGACAAGGCUAGCUGUAACAAACGGAUCGAUAAAGACAGGACUUGUAAAUCGAUGA